AUGAAUGUGUUAGAGUCUGGCGAAUCUGACGAUGUGGACAACAAUAGUCGAAUUUUGGCCCAAGCGUCGUGCGUUUCCGACAUCUUUUGCUCAUCGGUAGUGCAUGGCGUUGAGAUUGUCGACGAUGCGCAUUACGAUAUGCGGCACGAACAGCGAGGAGUAGCAGUGAUUUUCAAUCAGAAGAAUUUUUUUCACCAAAACCAACGCCAAGGCACCGACGUGGACUGUGACAACAUGCAGCAAGUGCUGAGCGAGCUACAGUUUGAGGUGCGUGUGCAUAAGGACUUAAUGGUGCAAGAAAUAAUGGAAGUGCUGAACGGGCUGGCAGAGGAGAAUCACAAGCACCGCGACUGUUUGCUGGUGGUGAUGAUGACACACGGUCAGGAUAAUGUUUUGCAUGCGAAAGAUCGCACUUUUCGCGUUGAUCGUUUGUGGGAAAAUUUCAUCGGCAGGGCGUGUCCCACUCUGCUCGGCAAACCGAAGCUGUUCUUCAUACAAGCGUGCCGCGGAGAUAACGUGGAUAAAGGCGUUCGUCUGAAUCAGUCCAUCCAACAAGCGGCACGCACGGUUGCAUCAGGCACGGCAAGAGAAUUGCCGCAACCGACCGUACGACCGGGUAGAGCGAAGUCGAUCCAGUAUGCCAUUCCAUCGAUGGCCGAUUUGCUGGUGAUGUACUCCACCUACAAAGGGCAUUACUCGUGGCGCAACACUCACCAGGGGUCUUGGUUUAUUCGGGCACUUUGCGAUGAGCUACGCACGCACGGCAACACCAAACAACUGCUGCAACUAUUGACCGCGGUUUCGCGCAAAGUAGCGUUCGAAUUUCAAUCCGUCGUACCCGGCGAUGAGGUUUUGAACAGCAGAAAACAAAUGCCUUGCAUUGUUUCGAUGCUUACGAGAAUUGUAUAUUUUCCUAGGAAAUAA